AUGGCGCAGAUGCCGUGCUGCCCCGUGCCUCAGUUUCCCCAGCCGGGGAUGGAGACCAGCAGUGCUUCGUCCCCAGAGAACGCCCUGCGGAGCCUGCUGGAGGCCCUCACCAGCCCCCCGUACGCCCCAACCCAGCACCUCGAGCGGGAGCAAGCCUUGGCCAAGCAGUUUGCCGAGAUCCUCCACUUCACCCUCAGCUUCGAUGAGCUCAAGAUGACCAACCCCGCCAUCCAGAAUGACUUCAGCUACUACAGAAGGACCAUCAGCCGAAAUCGCAUUAACAACCUGCAGCUGGACGCGGAGAGCGAGGUGAACAACGAGAUGGCCAACAGGAUGUCCCUCUUCUAUGCCGAGGCCACGCCCAUGCUCAAAACGCUCAGCAAUGCCACCACCAAGUUUGUUUCAGAGAACAAGACUCUCCCGAUCGAGGACACAACCGACUGCCUGAGCACCAUGGCCUGUGUCUGCAGGGUGAUGCUGGAGACCCCGGAGUACCGGAGUCGCUUCACCAACACUGAGACCCUCCUCUUCUGCAUGCGGGUGAUGGUUGGCGUCAUCAUCCUCUAUGACCACGUCCACCCCGUGGGGGCCUUUGCCAAGACCUCCAAGAUCGAUAUGAAAGGCUGCAUCAAAGUCUUGAAAGACCAGCCCUCAACCAGCACCGAAGGGCUCCUGAAUGCACUGAGGUACACCACUCGGCACCUCAAUGAUGACACCACGUCCAAACAGAUCCGGGCCCUGCUGCAGUGAGCGCAGG